GAUCAUCGUUAACCCCUGUUCGUAGGUUCUAAGAUCUCUUGAUUUUCUUAUAAGAUCAGCCUCGUGUGGCCAACUCCAGACUUUAUUGUAUAAGUGGUAGUCUCCAGUUGCACAUGGAUUUGUACCACCCUAGAUUUCGCAGAUAAGAGCCAUACAAAAGUAAAGAUAAAAAUAAAUUUACAUUCAAAAAAAAAAUAAGCUCCAUAGUAUGGAGAUGCAAUUUCAUUGAGGGAAGAGGAAUGAAAUACUGGAAAUUCGAAGCUCAUACUAAUUCCUCCAUUAAUUCAUGUGUACCUUUCAAAGAUAAUUAUAUACUUACCGGUGGUGGGAAUGAUUUUUCACUCAAAUUAUUCGAUUUGAAAGCCAUUGGUAACAAUCCAGAAAAUUACUCUGGGUUGGAAUUCCCUAAGGUUCAUUCCAACUCUAUUAAUGCCAUUGAUAUAUCUCUGACAUACGAUUUUGUGGCUAGUGCCUCGAAUAAUUCUAUUAUUAUUCAGGAUGUUAUGAGUCAAACUAAAUUAUAUCAAGUGAAAAAUCUUCUGACAUCAGCUCUCGACACCAAGAUCGAUGGGCCUAUUCAAUCCUCCAGUAACAAUGAUGAAGUGCUAGAUUGUAAAAUACUAAAUGAUAGCCUUAUAUCCACCUGUGGUGUUAAUCAUCGCUUGAAUUUAUUUGAUCUCCGACAAAGGAAUCAAUAUUAUCCUGUGUACUCGCUCAACCUUGGUGAUGAUAAUUUGAAUUGUAUUGCUGUCAAUGAUAAUUAUCAUUUAUUAUCAGUAGGUAGUUCGAAUGGAAUAUUAUUCACAAUUGAUUUCCGAAACCUGAAUCUCAUCCAGGAUACUCAUGAUACGGCUAUUAUCAAUAUAGCUAAGUAUGAAGAUGAUCAUAACUUGAUCAGUUUCAAUAAUGGUACAGUAGAAUUAUUUGAUGGAGUUCAUUGCAAGUCUGUAACAAGCUACAAUAGAAACAAUGGUGAUCCAUAUAACCUUAGCUAUAAGCUAAACUCACAGUAUAUUACAUCUACUAAUCGGUUUGUCAGUGGUACCGAUUAUGGAAUCAUUAAUAUAUUUAAAUUUAAUGCAAAGACAGGCGAGACACGUAUAGAAAGAGAACUUAGUAUAGAGACUACAAUAACAAGCAAAACCAAAAUCAAAACCAAUAACGACAAAUCAGACACAAAUUCUUCCAAAAUAUUAAGCUACAUAAACUAUACGGAACUGACCAACCAAUUGAUUAGCACUAGUGGUAAUGGAUUUAUUCAUGUUUGGGAUUAUGUAUUUUAGAUAGGUGUGUAUAUAGAGAUUUUUCACCCCAAAAAUGAUAAUGUAAAUAGAUCGAGCAAGUGAUUUUUCAACAUCACAACUGUUCCCA